ACUCUAAUCCAAUCGAGCGAAGCGCGUCAUCUCCAUCGGAGCUAGGGUUUUUUCUGUGCCUUUCUAUAGUCGCCAUGAGUGCCCAGACGCAAGAAGAGCUCCUCGCGGCUCACCUCGAGCAACAAAAGAUAAACCCCGAUGAGCCUAUUGUUGAAGAUGAUGAUGAUGAAGAUGAUGAUGAGGAUGACGAUGAGAAAGAUGACGAGAAUGUAGAAGGUCAAGCGGGUGAUGCGAGUGGCAGAUCCAAGCAAAGCAGAAGCGAAAAAAAGAGCAGAAAGGCCAUGCUGAAGCUCGGAAUGAAACCCAUCCCUGGUAUCAGCCGUGUCACAGUGAAGAAGAGCAAAAAUAUCCUCUUCGUCAUCUCAAAACCAGACGUGUUUAAGAGCCCGAAUUCCGACACGUACGUAAUCUUAGGCGAAGCGAAGAUCGAGGAUCUGAGCUCGCAAUUGCAAAGCCAGGCUGCUGAGCAGUUCCGAGCCCCGGAUCUGAGCCAUGUGAUAAGCAGCAAGCCGGACACGUCAGUAGCUCAAGACGAUGAAGAGGUCGACGAAACUGGGGUGGAACCGAAGGACAUUGAGUUGGUGAUGACUCAGGCUGGUGUUUCGAGGAGCAAGGCUGUUAAGGCUCUUAAAGCGGCUGAUGGUGAUAUUGUUACUGCUAUCAUGGAGUUGACCACGUAAGUUUUUUAUGGGUUGAGCUUAUUGUUUGUUGUCGGUGGCUUUUGCUGUUAUUGGUGAUAUUUAAUUACAUUUCAGCCAUAAAACUUAGUGUUGUUCUGCUAGUUGGCACUGUAAGCUAUCUAAAAUCAUGAUUUGUUUAAAUUUGAUGUGAUACUUUGUUUUGCA